AUGGAUGUUGUAUGCAGCGGAGUUGUUCUUCUCAUGAUACUGCCUAUUGCACCAGUUGCAGUAGCAGCGGCAAAGGAGUCUGCUGUGAAUUUAUUGGAAGCUGAAGCACUGCGCAAGAGUGGCUGGUGGGGAGACAGUACUACUGCAACAAACAUCUCUGCCCACUGCCACUGGUCUGGUAUCAUUUGCAACGAUGCUGGUAGUGUUACCGAAAUACUACUUCCGAACUGCAGAAUUCAAGAUCACUUGACAAAUUUGAGCUUCUCUUCUUUUCCGAACCUGGUUAGACUGGAUCUCAGUCGAAAUGAACUUUACGGAGUCAUCCCACAUCAAAUAGGUGCACUCUCCAAACUCACCUAUCUCAAUUUGUCUUCCAACAGACUUCAAGGUGAGCUCCCUUCUUCUCUAGUAAACCUUACCCAACUAGCACAACUCGAUGUUUCUUCGAACUCAAUUGCAAGCUUAAUUCCUCCGGGUAUCGGAAACUUGACGAACUUGGUUGCUCUAGAUUUGAGCCACAAUUCUUUUGGGGGUUCCAUCCCUCCAACUCUUGGCCACUUGUCCAAAUUAGUCUCCCUCAAUCUCAGUCAAAAUGGCUUUUACGGAGCCAUCCCACAUCAAAUAGGUGCACUCUCCAAACUCGCCUAUCUCAUUUUGUCUUCCAAUGGACUUGAAGGUGAGCUCCCGUCUUCUCUAGGAAACCUGACACAACUAGCGCAACUUGAUGUUUCUUUGAACUGGAUUGAAAGCUUAAUUCCUUCAGGUAUCGGAAAUUUGACAAAUUUGGUUACUCUAGACUUGAGCAAGAAUUCUUUUGGGGGUCCCAUCCCUUCAACUCUUGGCCAAUUGUCUAACCUUGACUCCCUUGACCUCAGUAAUAACCACUUCAAUGGGACAAUUCCUUCGGCUCUUUUUAAUUUGACAAAUCUUUUCCGGCUAGACAUUCACUUGAAUCUUAUUUAUGGUUCAAUUCCCUCUGAAAUAGGAAAUUUAAAAAAUUUGAAAUUUCUUGUCCUUGGGUCCAACCGGCUGACUGGUCAAAUCCCUCCGACCCUUGGCAAUCUAAAUACUCUGUUUUCUUUGGACCUCUCUUCUAACCAAAUAAGUGGUUCCAUUCCCUCUGAAAUAGGAAAUUUGGAAUAUUUGGGAUAUCUCCAUCUUGGGUCCAACCGGUUGACUGGUCAAAUCCCUCCGACCCUUGGCAAUCUGACUGCUCUAGUUAAUUUGGACCUCUCUUCUAACCACAUAAGUGGUUCCAUUCCCUCUGAAAUAGGAAAUUUGAAAUAUUUGGAAUAUCUUUUCCUUGGGUCCAACCGGCUGACUGGUCAAAUCCCUCCGACCCUUGGCAAUCUGUCUGCUCUAGUUAAUUUGGACCUCUCUUCUAACCAAAUAAGUGGUUCCUUCCCUCUUGGACUUUUCAAUAUGCCUUCUCUAGAAAUUCUGGAUCUUUCCUCAAACCAACUUACAGGCCCAAUUCCUACCCAAUUUGGGGAUGACAUUCUUAAAUUGGAGUGGUACCUUUGGACCUUGAAUCUUGCCCACAAUAUUCUCUCUGGCACUGUCCCCUCGUCUCUUAUGCGACUGGGGGACGUCGACCUGUCCUAUAAUGCUUUGGAAGGUGAACUUCCGUGCGAGCUUGUCAUUGAGUUUGGUUUAGAAAGAUUUGCCGGCAAUCGACACUUGCGUUACAAUUCCACUAUUUGUGGUGCAUCUCCAUCUGUUGUGGGAAUUCAUACUCCUUCUGUUGUGGGAAAUCACAGACAUCACACCCGAUACUACAUCAUAGGUCUUGGCGUACCCUUGUUGGUGUUCUCAAUAACUGGCGGAUUA